AGAGGCUUCUCGGUAUCCGCCUGGUCUGAGACCAACCCGUAGACGACGGCUUCCCUGCAGGGGUGUCCCGCUCGAGGCCAAGAUGUCUUCCGUGGGGAAGGUGACCCAGAUUCCCAGCGGGAAGGUCUACCAGCAGAUCUUCGAGGCUGAGGUGCAGCUGGUCCGCUCCCUGGCAUCCUCUAGGAAGCGAGCAGUGGAGCGUUCCAUGAUCCCAAAGGAUGGCAAGAAGCCCUUGAUGAAGAAGGUGGAUAUUCGUGAAGGCGAGAUGGUGUCUCCUCGACAGCAGAAGUGGAUGCGCACCCUACCCAAUGACUGGACCACAGAAAACCCUGUUCUCUACAGGGAAAAGGAAAUAGCCAAAAAGGAAAGAGCUCAAGAGAGUGAGAACACCAUCGCUGCCAGAGAAGUCCGGGGCCUCAUGGACACCAUUGUUCCUGAGAGGAUCAGCACCGCCACCUUUCAAAAGCACGGAGGUAACAAGAGGAGGGCCUACGAGAGUGCCCUGGCGGGCUUUAAGGAGGAGAUCGCUCAGAUCGGGAUGGAAAUGGAACCUCUCAUCUUGGAACCAGGAGCACUUCUUUUAAAAAAGCUGGCUGAGUCUGAAGAGGAUGUCAACAAUCUCUUCAAAAAGGUGGAAAACGACAGCAACCUCGAAGACUACACCAUCCAAGCCCUGUUGGAGCUGAGGGAUCAGGUGGCCCAGAAGUUCCUGCUGCAGAAGCGGGAGAUCACGGAGCUGGAUGAGACACUGCACUCACUUGAGUUCUCCCGGGUAGAUAAACUAAAAAGCGUGUUGAAGAAAUACAUGGAAAUCAUAGAAAAAACUUCCUACCUCAUGCAGCCCGACGUAUAUAGGCUGAUCAAUAAAGAAGCCAUGAUCAUAAACCAUGCCCUGCUGGGCAACCGGAGAGCCCUUGCCCAGCUGUUCGUCAACCUGAUGGAGGCCAGGCUGCAGCAGGAGCUUGAUAGCCACCGCCGCUGGCAGUGCCUGAUGGACGCCUGGAAGGCUCUCAAGAAGGAGGGCCUGGUGCAGGCUUUCAGUGAGUUCAUGGCCAGUGAGAAGAUCCAGACUCCUCCGGCUGUGAAGAAAGAGCUUGAGACCAUGAUGAAGGACCAGAGCAUCCUGCAGCAGAAGCGCCUGGGCCACCUGUGCACCAUCUGUGACCUCCUGCCCCCCAAUUACAGCAAAGCUCAGCUGCUGGAAUGGCGUUCUUCUCUCAACUCGUUGAACAAGCACGUCGACACCCACCACAUGGACUGCAUGAUGCGGAUCCGCUUGCAGUAUGAGAAGGUCUGGCAGGAGUGCCUCGCCCAAGUGCAGACCUGCAGGAAGCAGCUGCUGGACUGGAAGGCCUUCACUGAGGAGGAGGCAGAGAGCCUGGUGAGCCCAUCCUUCUUCCAGAUGGUGGGAAGUCUCCAGAGCAAGGUGGAGGAGGAGCUGGAGGCCUUGGACAAAUCCUUCGAGAUCGUGGCAAAGCAGGCAGAGCAGCAGAGCUCAGACCUCUUCAGCUACUUCCAGGAGGCCGUGAGCCUGUGGGAGACACAUCAGAGUGUGCUGCUGACGCAGGAGCUGGAGCUCGAGAAGAGGAUGGAGCAGCAACGGCAGAAGGACAGGCGGGAGAACCAGGCCCAGGAGGCUCACCUUGACAAGCUCUUGGACCAACUGAGGCAGCAAAGCUAUGAGAAUAACCUGAAGUCACACCUGGAAAAGGCCAAGGAUUUUCUGAAGAAUAUGAAAUGCAGGUAUGAGGCUUUCCAUGGCCUCCUGACCGAGGAGGUGAUGGGGUACCCAGUGACCGUGCUGAAGGAACUCAGCUCCUAUAGCUCCCGCCUCAGCCGACACUUCUGUGUGCGUGAAAUCUUUGAACAGAACCUGGAGGGAGAAGUCGUUUUCCAGUUGAGGGAACCAGAACCACAUGAAAAGCAGUUGCAGAAGAGAACGGGAAGACGGAGAGGAAAACGAAGGUUCAAAGCAAACAUGCGCAAACGUGACAGAAGCGGCAGGAGGAGGGCGGGCUCCCUCAAGCCAGCAGAAGAGACAGAGGAAGAAGAAGAUCCAGAGGUUGAGUCCUCCACCACACAAGAGGUGGUCAUGAGCCCACAGAAGUCCGUACUGAGUGAAGAGAUGGAUGAGUCCAGGGAGGACUCUAUUCCAGGGCUGGAAGAGAUACAGGUUGACAGAGACAGCUCCUUGAGAUCACCCCCAAACCAGGCCAGUGUGCUGGUUCACGAAGAAGAAGAGGAAGAGAAGAAGGAGGAGGAGGAGGAGAGGGAGGAGGAGGAGUGGAGGAGCUCGUCUGCGGAUGAGGUCAAAGCCCAGGAGGAGAGUCUAGGGGAGAUCUCCCAGGAGGAGAUGGAGUUCUUCACAACCUCUAGUGGGAACACUUACUUUGUUUUCCUACCCCUGAAACAAGAAGAGAACAGCAAGACACCCCAUUCCAACCUUCCUGCCAUUUUCUUCAAGGACAGUUCCAGUGCCAGGGUCUUAGAAGAAGUGAUCAUUCCAUCCAGACUAGUUUUAGAGAUUAAGAAACAGUGAGUGAAAAUCC